AUGAGUACUUUUUGUGGCCGUAUACGGGAAUGUGACUGGAUAUCAAUUGAUUGUUUUCAAGGAAUUAAUUUGGAAUCUGAAGUAUUCUUCCUGUCGCACUGUCAUCGUGAUCAUAUGGUUGGACUUGAUCAUGGAUCGUUUCAUGAUGUUCUUGUAACGAAGAAUCGUAAAUUGUAUUGCCAUAAUGUAACUAAAAUAAUAUUAGAAUCAUCUAAAGGAUAUUCCCACUUAGCACAGGAGACUUUCUGUAUGAAGUCGAAAAAUUCUGAAUCUUAUUUUAUGAAACACGUAGGAAAAGAUUAUGAUGACACCUUUACAAUAACGGUACCACAGAAUGAUGAUGAAAAUGAUGAUGCUGGUGCUGAUGUUGAGAAAAAGAAUGUUUCAAAGUCUGUGAAUAUAACAUUUUUGGAUGCCCAGCAUUGUCCAGGAUCAGCUAUGAUUCUUCUUGAAUUUCCGGAUAGUAGAACGGCGUUAUAUACAGGUGAUUUUCGACUCCUGAAGGAUAAUUGGCUUUCUUGCAAGCCAAUUAGAGAUCCGUGCACUAGCACAGGCUUUAAAAUGAUCAAUUCUUUGUAUUUUGACAGUACGUUCUGUAGAAAAGAAACUAUGAAUACGCCUUCAAAAGAACAAAGUAAGCAGUUACUGCUAAAAAUGGUAUCGGACUGGUUGGACAAACAUUCGUCACAUAAAGUAUUAAUUUGGGGAAUUACAGCAGCCUAUGGACUGGAGUAUUUAUUGCAAGCGAUUUGGGAGAAAACAGGACAUAAGACCCAUGUUUCAGCUGACAAAUUUAGGAUUUACUCAAAAAUUCCUGACAUUGCUAAAUAUGUAACUUGUUUUGCCGAAUCUACUCCAGUUCAUGCCUGCACAACCGGAAUCAGCGCCUUGGACGAGUGCUACGAAGAACGCAAGCAAAGCGUAGUAAAGACGAGAAGCCGGAAAUAUAAACCUCAAAUUUUUCCAUGUGGUCUUUGUAGGCCAGAUAAUAAAAUGGUUAAGGUGAUAAGGCCUUCAACGAUAUGGUUUGCUCGUCGACAAGAAGAAAAUGCACUUGGCUAUGAACAUAAUCAUUUUUGUCGGCUGUUCUAUUCUAAUCACUGUUCUUUCUCGGAAAUAGCAGAAACUGUGAAGAUUUUACGACCACUAUGGGUUUCUCCGAAUGUUGUUGACAAGAACGCUAGUUCACACUAUGUGCAAAAAGUAACCGAGUAUCUGAGAAGUUAUCUGUGUAAAUCUGAAUGCAAAACUGAAGCCAAAAUUGAACCAACAAGUGAUUUUAAAUGCGAGGUGGAAGUUCGUGAGGACUCUAAAGACGGAAAGCUUAAAAUUGGAUUUGCUGACUUGGAAUGUAAGGAGGAGGUUGAAUCUAAAGAAUUGGAAUGUAAAAGGGAAACCGAGACUGAUGCGGUAGUUCCACCUAAGAUUCCAAAAGUGGAGUGUCCAUCGGAUGAAUAG